AUGUAUCUCUCGGUGAGAAAUAGAGUCGUCGCUGACAGGAACAACGUAAAAUCAUCCACCAAAACAGCCUGGUACAUCCCCCCAAGCUGGAUCCCCACCACCCAGCCUCCGCCAACAACCAUCCUCGAGGCCGCCCUCCUCGCCUCCAGAGCCGCCCUGUCCACCCCCGGGCGGCAGCUCGCCCACUCCAACAUCCCUCUGCUGAUACACCAGACGGGAGCUUCCUCCAGGGUCGACACAUGGAAGCCGGGAGUUGUCCCCUGGGUCGAGCAAUGGCUCCAGUAUGCCGUCUCACCUCCUAACGACAGCGUGCCCAUGGCGUACUUCUUCUGGGACAAUGAAGGAAUAGCCAUGUUCAUGGAUGAGUAUGAGAAGGACUUCGUCAUUGACUUUCGUAACGUGUUUACGCCCGUUGAGAGGGCGGACAUCUUCCGUGUCCUGGCGUGUCGUUACUUGGGAGGCGUCUACGCCGACAUCGAUACACAACCCCUCCGACCUCCGGCAACCUGGAUCGGCCCGUCCGAUCUCGCCCGAUGGACCGAUGAUCUCACCGGCAAAAGCUACGGCCUUCACAACGCCACCACCACAACCACAACCACGCAACCCGUCAACCUCAUCUGGGGCCUCGAGGCAGACACCGAUCCGUCCGCAAACGCCUACUGGCGCAUGGGCUACACGUAUCCCGUCCAGCUCACCCAGUGGGCGCUGGCGUCUGUCCCCGGGCAUCCCGCGCUGGGCCAGUUCAUGGACAACCUGCGCGCCGAGGUGCGGCUGGAGAAGGAGGAGAAGGAGGAGAAGGCGAGCGUAGGACUUGACAGCAGCAGCAGCAGCAGCAGGGCCGAUCCCCUGACGCGGACUGGUCCUGCGGCGGUCACGCUGGCGACGAUGCAGUGGCUGGAGAAGGAGGUGGACUUUCGGUGGAAUUCUCUUACGGGCUUGAAGGACGGGGGCAGAGCAAAGCUUGUCCAGGACAUGCUCAUUCUGCCCAUCACAGGAUUCAGUCCCGGCCGCGGAACGUACGGCAACAUGGGCUCGAAACCAAUCACGCAUCCAGACGCCCGGCUCGUCCACCACGCGCUCGGAUCCUGGAGGAAGUUUGACUGGCUGGUCGAGUACGGCAAGUUCUGUCGGACGGCGUUUGGGCUGUGUAGGAACUGGACGAAAGUUGUCACAUGA